AUGGCCUCACGACAGCAAUCUGCACGCCUCGGUCGUCAUUGGCUCGCUGUUGCCUCCCUCCUGCUUACGCUGUGCAGUCUCGGUUCCUUGGCGUGGGAGACCAAGGAUCAAGCUCUCGAGCAGGCCGUCAAGCUGCUUCGCGAUCCGAGCCAUUUCGGCGUCUCCACCUUAUCGACCAAGUAUCCCGAUGACCACCCUGUCGCUGACUUGGCUGGCAGCGUCAUUUCCGGACCCGAGUACUUUGCGCCUUGUUCGACCGAGACGGGCUCCCUCCUCUACCUCGGCUUGACCGUCUCGCAGUCGUGGAGGAACGUGCUGAACAGCGAGCGAAAGAAUGCCACCGUCAGCAUAGCAUCCAGCACGAAUCCUGACGUAGUGGAUCCACGUCAUGCAUCUAAGCGCCAUCCGCAUCACUGGCCGAGCGAUCGACCUUCUUGGAGACGCGGCAUGCCGUCCAAAGGGCGCGUCACCCUGUUUGGCCACUUCGAGCUUCUCAACGUCACCCAGCAUCCAGAAAAGGCCAAGGCAGCGCUGAGCUGCUACCUUGAUCGACAUCCCGAUGCCAGCCACUGGGCGCCCAACGCCACCGAGUCUCCGCACGUGCCCUUCUGGGCCACCUUCAACGUCGACAAGGUCUACUGGGUCGGAGGGUUUGGGGACGAGCACUACAUCGGCUGGUUCGAUAGCGCCGAGUGGAACACGGCGUGGAAAUCUCAUUCAAUCCUCGCACCCGCGCCUCUCACCGAAGACCAAAUUUUAGCGAUAGACGAGGACCAUCCGGACAGUCCGCAACCCUUCUCGUCCUCUGCGUCUGCCGAGUCGAUCGCUUCACAUUCUCCCACGGAUCCGCGUCCAGCCCUUGUUUUCCAGUGA